CACCCACAUGCGUUGGUCAUAGCCAGAACCUUCAAUCUCCUAGUAAAUACAACCAAACAGGGCUGCACCAUCACAGAAUGAACAAGCAAAUUUGUAGCUAAACACACAUAUAUGCCACCCUCAAUCUCACGCCACUCCUAGAAAACCAUAGCUAAUAACACCUUCAAACCUUCGGCCGGUUGGGGAAGAAGCUAGAAAUAGAGACUAAGAGGUAGUCGAUCAUCACCGGAGGGGGGAAAAGGCUUGCCGGAGUAAUUGUCGGACUGUUCCCUACGUCGGAAAAACAAAAGAGGAGGAACAACCGGAGCUCGCAGCUGCCGCCGACUGAGCUAUGUCUAACAGGCGAACCACCUGCUAUCGUUAAGUUGUAAAAUAGUGUUGGAGCUUUUUGGAAAGGAAAAAGGAGAAAAGUCAACAGGAAUGCUACCCAGGGAGAUCCACCCGACCGGGCAGAAAUCUUCACCCGGUCGGGUCUGAUUUGAAAUCAGAACCUCACAGGAAAGAGCUAGACCCGGUCGGGUCAAGUAAUUCACCCGGUCGGGUCAGAUGUGACCCGGGACAUUUUAACGUGCUAAAACACAAGAACGUGGAAGAUUAUCUGAUUUAGACAUGCACCCGGUCGGGUGGGCACUUGACCCGGUCGGGUACCCGGCCAAAGGUGUUGAAAAACACCUAUAAAUAGCCCCAUUUUCCUUCACAAAUAAUCAUCCCUUCUUCCAUACUCUUAAGCUCAGUUUAGAAUAGUAUUUCUUUUAUAUUUUUAUAGCAUGUUUAGUCUCCAAAUGAGGAGCUAAACUCUUCCAUCUUGGUUUUGCUACUUUGAAGCUUAAUGAAUUUGUAAGUUGUGAGUUAUUCUCUUUAAUCUUCUUCCUUGAAUAUUAAUUCUUCCUUUAAAUACUAUCUCUAUAUCAAUGUUGGGGAGUGUUACUAAGAUGACAAUUAGUUAACAUCUUGACAUUAGUUAUAGUAAUAGCUAUUUCUUACUCUAUGUUAAUAUUGGGGAGUGUUACUAAGAUGACAAUUAGUUAACAUCUUGAUAUUAACUAUAGUAGGAUUCAUCUUCUUUAAUAUUCUUCCUUGAGUAUUAAUUAAUUCCUAUUCAUAUUUCAUAUUAAUAUUUUGAACAUUACUUAAAGGAUCAACUAGUUUUGUUCCAUAUAUUAAUUAUUACUAGAAUCAAUCGGUUAAUACGCUUGUUAUUAAUUCGGUUCUUUCAAUGGUAGUAAACUUGGGUUGUUAAUGCAUGCUUCUCAUGGUUAAUAAGCCAAGGGGAAUUAAUUAUAUUGAUUAAACCAAUAAACCGCUUGUGUUGAGGUUGUCAAUCUCAAUCGUUUUCAUCUUAAGUUUAUUGCUACUAUCAAGUUAAUAUACGGCGCUUGUUCUAUAUUGACUCGAUAGUAAGUUUUAUUAAUGAACGCAUCUCGUUAUUAAUAGCUAACCUCGAUGAACUGGAUAUGCUCCUCGAUUGAGUAUUCGAGAGGAAGAUAGUUAAAGAUAUAACCGGGAUCGACGAACAUUUCAUUAAGUGGAUAAAAGCAAAGCCAAGUCUCCUUCUCAUUAAUUAAACCACAUAACUCGUUCAUCUUCGUGUUUAAUUUUAAUUAAAUCACUCAAACCUGAACCCCUUUUGUUACUAGUUAAUUAAAAAGAGAAAUAUUCCUUUCCCUGUGCAUACGAACCUUACUUCAUUAUACUACGUAUAAUUGUUGUAUUGAGUAUUAUUUUGAGUGCACAUCACGACAAAGUGCACGUCAAAUUUGGCGCCGUUGCCGGGGAAAGGCAAUAAUUUUUCUUUUUAUUUUAAAUUAAAAAAAAAUUAAAUAAAUAAAAUAUAAAGAGUUCUUACUUUUUCUAUUUCUGAGCUAACAUGAGUAUAUGGUAAAAACCCGUUCUAUAAACGAACUUACUUACCAAACAAACCCCAAAAUAGAACAAACCUUCGAGAGGUUGAAAAAUUUAUUUCCGCACACACCCUCGGAGGAACCCUCAAACGCCAGCUCUAGCUCUAGCGAAUCCGAAGAGUCAUUCCACAUGGCUCUCGAGACAAGGACCUUAAGGGAGAUCACCGCUCCCAACCUCAAUCAACAACCGUUAUGUAUUACCUUCCCUACACUCAAUGAGGGUAAUACAUUGGAGCUAAAAUCUGGGCUCAUUCAUCUAUUGCCAUCUUUCCAUGGCCUGAGCGGAGAAGACCCGAACAAACAUCUCUCGGAAUUCCAUAUUGUUUGCACGAGCAUGUGCCCAAAUGGAGUCACCGAGGAGCAAAUCAAAUUGAGGGCUUUUCCAUUCUCCCUUAAAGACACCGCAAAGGAUUGGCUAUUCUAUCUUCCUUCGGGGAGUAUAGAUACAUGGGCAACAAUGAAGAAAUGCUUCCUAAAAAGGUAUUAUCCCGCUUCUGUGUCAUCAUCUUUGAAAAAACAAAUAAGCAACAUUGAUAAAAAAGAUGAUGAGUCCUUAUAUGAAUAUUGGGAGCGAUUCAAAAAGUUGUGUGCUAGUUGCCCAUAUCAUGGGUACACUGAGCAAGACCUCAUCCUUUACUUUUAUGAUGGUCUUGCGGAUCAAGAUAGGCGCAUGGUUAAUGCGGCGAGUGGAGGGGGAAUUGUUAACAAAACCCCUUCUCAAGCAAGAAAUCUCAUCUCGGAGUUGGCCGAGAAUUCUAGAUACUACAAUGGGCGAUCCUCAACCCAAAGGGUUGCCGCGGCGGAAUCCAACACCUCGUUGGAAAGUCAAGUGGUCGGCUUGACUUCUUUGGUUAAAGAUUUUCUCUUAAAACCCAAAACCCAAGAAGUCAAGGUUUGCGGCAUAUGUUCAACACAAGGGCAUCCGACCAAUUCAUGUCCAUCAAUACAAGAGGAGAAUUUUGAGCAAGUCAACGCCUUGGGUUUCCAAGGACAUCAACAAAGGAGGUACGACCCAUUCACAAACUCUUACAACCACGGAUUGAGGGAUCAUCCAAACAUGAGGUACGGAAACCCCCAACAAUCCAACCCAUCUUCUCAACCACCUUUCAACAAUCAAGGCUCAAACUCUCAACCUAAUAUGUCAACUGAUGAAAUGAUACGAGCUUUGACUUCAAACAUGGUUACCAUGCAACAAAGCAUGAGUCAAUUUCAACAAACCAUGAUACAAUUCCAACAUGAGACAAAGUCAAGCAUUAAAAAUUUGGAAACUCAAGUUAGCCAAAUUUCAAAUGCCGUAAGCCGACUUGAAGCAAAGGACUCGGGUAAACUCCCAUCUCAAACGGAGCAAAACCCGAGACAACAUGUAAAUGCAAUCAUGUUGAGAAAUGAGACGACAUUGAAAGAAUUGGAGAAGAAAGACCAAUAUUUUGAGGAGGUUGACCCUGAAGAGGAAGCUCACUCGGAGGAUGGAAUCACAAAGGCAAAACUGCCUCCACAUUCAUCAUAUGAACUAGUGGCCCCAUUUCCCGAGGCAUUGAGGGAGACAAGGAAGCUUGACAAAGAUGCUGACAUCUGUGAAACUUUCUCCAAGUGUGAGGUAAACAAUCCACUCCUUAACUCAAUUAAAAAUAUUCCCCGUUUUGCUAAAUUUUUAAAAGAAUUAUGCAAAACAAAAACAAAAAAUAAAGUGAAUGGAAAACAAGAGGUUAAGGUGAGUGAACAUGUUUCGGCUCUUUUUCAAAAGAAACUUCCCGAAAAAUGUAGCGACCUGGGCAUGUUCACUAUUCCCUGCAAAAUAGGGGACACCAUAUUUUCUAAGGCGUUGUUGGAUUUAGGAGCAUCAAUAAAUGUCAUUCCUUAUUCCUUGUAUAAAUCCUUACAACUCGGCCCACUACAUCAAACUGGUGUAGUGAUUCAACUACACCAGUUAAAAUGGUUGUAGAAAAGUGGUGAAAAGUACGAGUAUCGUCUCCACAGGGACGGACAAAAGGGAAAUAAAGAUUAACUAAACUUUAGCGAUUAAACAGAAAUAAAUAAAUUAAAAUGCGAUGUUCGAGAUUUGAUUGAUUGAAUUAAAAUUAAAACUAAUGCUAAUGAGCGAUAAAAAUAAAAGAUUGGUUUCUUCUCAAUUAACGACGAAGGGAACAGGGAUUGAUUCCGGGGUAACCAGAUUUCUGGCAGAUCAGGCCUAAUUACAUGAAUUUAAUUUAAUUGAGCCUAGCUAAUCAUUACUAAGUUCUUACCGCUCUCGCGGCGUAGAGUACAAUAAUUUAGGAGACCAGGCUGAUCUCUCAUGCGACAGGAUCCUAAAUUAUUGCCAAGACGAGCGAGCUUACGGCCCCUUAAUCGCUACUAAUCUCUUAGUGAACGAUUAAGUGUGUGUGAAUGUGUCCUAGAACAAAUUAGAUCUCUCUUAAUUCAUUCUACAUGCAAUUGUAAUUCUAGCUGCAGUCUAGGUUACAAGAUAUACCAAUUAAAUUAUUCAAACACAAAUUAAACGGCAUUCAUGCAAUUAAACCGACAAGAAUCUAGCCAUCAAUCAUGAUUAACCCCUUCAUCAACCCCAAAUCCCUAAUUAAACUACUCACAAUUCAUAAUUGAAGAAUCAACAGAAUUGGGAUGAAUAGAAAUAAUUGUCAUUAAUUAAAAAGAUGAACUUACAAAUAAUCCCAGGGUCUUGGAAGAAAAUAGCGUAAAAACGGUGUUAAAUUCGUCCCUAGGCCUCUCCGUAAUGUUCGUAACCACCAAAAGUGAGUAUGGAGGCCUUAUUUAUAGAAAACAAUGAAUUCAGGUCGAAUUAGGACAAAUCGCGGCCAGGCACGGUGUCAGGCACGGCGUGCCUGCGACCGUGCCUACGGAAGAAGGCCGAAUUUCGCAUCCAGGCACGGCGUGCCUAGCUUCCAGGCACGACCGUGCCUGGCCUCCAGUAGCUCGGUUCCUCGAAAUAUGCCAGGCACGGCGUGCCUAGCUCUAUUCUUCACUUUUCCUUCGUUUUCUUGCUCCGAAUGCUCCCGAAUGCCUACGAGGUCGAUCCAAAUGCUCUUUCUUCACCAGAAUUUCGUCGUGAAUCUCCCGGUGGCCUCCAAAUCUUCCAAAUCUUUCUCGAAUGCCUUCAAAUCCUUCCCGAAUAUCUCUCAAGCACCGAUUGCCGGACUCUAACUUCUUCAAAUCAACUCCAAAUGCAAUGAAACUCGAUCCAACGCCUGUUAAACACAACUUGAGCCAAAAUUGAGACUUGCAACGCCUUAAAGCCAGGAAAAUCAUCAAAAUCCGACCCGCACACGCAUCAAAUGCGUGUCUAAAUACGGAUUUAUCAAUGUGCUAGUAGAAGUAGAAAAUUUGGUUUUCCCUGUUGAUUUCUAUGUUCUUGAAAUGGGGGAUGAUGACCAAACAACACCCAUUCUUUUGGGAAGGCCUUUUCUGAAAACCGCCAAAACAAAAAUUGAUGUGUCUAGUGGUUCAUUAACAAUAGAAUUUGAUAACCAAAAAGUAGAAUUCAACAUCUUUGAUUCUACUAAAAAACAAAUUAAAAAUCAAUCUCUUUGUUCUUUAAACGUUUUUGAACCACCAACACUGAAUAUUUUUGUUGAGGAAGAACCCAAAAAAUCUAUUUUGAAGGGAAAACCACCUACUAUUGAGGUGGUAACUAGGAAGAAAGUUCGGCCUAACUGGAAAAGGCCGAAAACUAAAAUUGAAACAUGGCCAAACAGGGCCUUGAAGCAGGAAAAAAGGGAUGUUCACGAUCCCACUUAAAACAUAAAAUAAAAUAAAAAUAACGUCGUGCCGCGACAUUAAAUCAAGCGCUUCUUGGGAGGCAACCCAAGUUUGUAUUUUAAUCAUUUUCAUUUUUGUGUGUGUGAGAAAACCCUUUCAAAAAAAAACACAUACCCGCCCUACGCCCGGCCGAGGCAGGCUGAAAAAAUCUUAACACAACAUUUCUACCCGACCGGGUCUCCCGAAUACCCGACCGAGUCAUCAAAUUUUUGAAACCACUGCUUUGGCUGGAAACAUAAAUGCGACCGGGCAACAUAAUUUUUGCAAAACCCGACCCCUGGAACAAAACACCCGACCGGGUCACUUCAUUAUACCCGGCCGAGUGAUUUGAAAUAAACCUACUGGACAAGAAAAAUGGUAACACCCGAACAGGUAACCUACAACACCCGGCCGGGCGAAUUGGCGAAAAACUAACUGGAUAAGAAAAAUGGUAACGCCCGACCGGGUCAGAUCCAACACCCGGCCGGGUGAUCGGGUAAAAUCCCCAUAUGGGGCGGGUGAAGACCCUCCUUCCCCAUUUCUCUUCUUCCUCCAUCGAACCAACCCCCCAAAUUCCUCCAUUGUUAAGCACCAAAAGCUUCGUUUCUCCCUUAUUUUUCACCCAAAACCCACCAAAAAUCCAAAGUUCCAAAUCCCACCAUACUCAAGUCCGAAAAUACCAAGAAAAAUUCCAAAAAUCAACUUUCAUGGCUCCAAAGAAAUCAAAAGCCUCCACUUCAAGGGAUAACAGAGCAAUUGAACCCGUCCCCGGAUUUGAAAGUGUGGAAUUUGACACGGAGGUCCACAAAAAGAGCUUCAUUAAGCAAAUCAAACGGGAGGUAAAACAAUCCCGUUUUAUAUGCAUUACUACGCUAUUGUCAUUCAUGCUUGAUGCGAUUAUGCGUGAGAUUUUCACCAACAUUGGGAUGCUUAGGAUAUUUGAGAUGCAAUAUGUUACCUACCCACAUUUGGUGUAUGAGUUCUUUAGUUCAUUUAAGCAAAUAGCGAAUGUGGAAAAUCAUGCUGAGAGUAGCAUCACAUUUCGUUGGUUGAAUGAAAACCGUUCAUUGACCAAGCGGGAGUUUGCCCAACACUUUGGACUCCCCUUGUUCAAUGAAGAACGUGAAUACGACACUUUUGUGGGUGUGGAAAUGUGGCAAAGGAUGAUAGGUCAGGUGGAUGUGGAGCUCAGACACCUUAGUGUGAAUCGUGUACAACAUCCGGUCUUCCGAAUUUUCUUGAAAUUUUUAUCAAACUGUUUUCUUGGAAGACCGAAUAACCAUCACACAAGGGUAUGGGAUGUUUGUAUUCUUGGACAAGCUGUUUUGCCAGGUCCGGAUCACGUGGAUGUUGCCUCCAUCCUAUGGGAUCACUUCGAGACAGUGGCAACUUCCACGGAAACUAUUAGGGUAGGGGGUUUGAUUACACAUUUAGCCACACUCUAUGGCUUUGUAGACCCAGGCCCCAUUACCUCAGCACAGCUUGUUUGCACAUCAUGGCUCCUUAAAAAUACCAAAGAUAUUGUUUUUUCCCAUAAAACACCCGGUGGGGUAGAUAUCUACAAUUGGUUAAUUGAUCCACCACAUCCUAUUUACACACAAAUACCCUCAGCCGACCUCCCUUUAGACCUUCUUAAUCACCAAAUUGGUGAUGGACACCACUAUUGUCUCCCUGGAAGAAUACCACUCCACUACCAACAAGAACAACACCAUCAAGAACAACCCCAACAAGAACAGCCUGCGCAUGAACCACCACCCCUCAUCCUUGAACAACCUCAACCACAACCCAAUGCUCACCAAUACUCACCAUUUGAGCAAGAAAUGCUAAAUAGCAUGAAUGCUCUAAACCUUAACUACACUCAACUUCGGGGGGAAGUUGUUUUGUACUGAACUGAGCAAAGGCAGAACUAUGAGAGGAUCGAGGAGCAAAGGCAAGCGGAUUGGCGGAGAUACAAAGAAGAUCGGCGGAGAGAUCAGGAGGACCAGAGGAGGACUUUUGGCCCUAUCUACUCCUAUGUAGCACAUCAGGGCGACUUUGCCGCUAUGACUACUCCUCCUCCGGCACCCUCAUGGUAUAACCCCACUGAAUGGGGUUAUUUUGGCGGUUCGAGCUCUAGUGGUGGAGGCGGGGAUGACGGCUACGGUGGUGAUCACAUGGAUGAGGAUGCACACUUUGGGGGCUACCAGGGCUAUGGAGGAUUCUAUGAUGGCGGAGAUGCGGGCGGGCACUAGGGACUGUGGCAUGGACUAGCGGUGGGGGAGAUCUGUCCGGAUCCUAAGGGUGGUUACUAAAGAAAGUUCAUUGCAUGAGGAAAAAGAAUUUGAAGACCCCUUGAUGUAUUCUUUUUAUGUUGGGGAUACUUUGUGAUUAUCUUGGUUCUAAAAAACACUUUGUGAUGGUUGAUGAUCUUAUCAUUUGAGGAUUUUUUUUUUGGAUUGCAUUUACUCGAGACGAGUAAAGAUUCAAGUGUGGGGGUAUUUGAUAUGCACUAGUUUGUAGUGCAUAAAUGUAUGUUUUUAUAUUUAUUCUGUGUGGAUUGUUUACCAUUUUUAGUUAGUUUGUGAGCACUUGUUUUGUCGUGUUUGUAAAUGUUUGUAGCUUCCAUUUAUAGUUGUAAAAUAGUGUUAGAGCUUUUUGGCAAGGAAAAAGGAGAAAAGUCAACAGGAAUGCUGCCCAAGAAGAUCCACCUGACCGGGUAGAAAUCUUCACCCGGUCGGGUCUGAUUUGAAAUCAGAACCUCACAGGAAAGAGCUAGACCCGGUCGGGUCAAGUAAUUCACCCGGUCGGGUCAGAUGUGACCCGGGACAUUUUAACGUGUUAAAACACAAGAACUUGGAAGAUUAUCUGAUUUAGACAUGCACCCGGUCGGGUGGGCACUUGACCCGGUCGGGUACCCGGCCAAAGGUGUUGAAAAACACCUAUAAAUAGCCCCAUUUUCCUUCACAAAUAAUCAUCCCUUCUUCCAUACUCUUAAGCUCAGUUUAGAAUAGUAUUUCUUUUAUAUUUUUAUAGCAUGUUUAGUCUCCAAAUGAGGAGCUAAACUCUUCCAUCUUGGUUUUGCUACUUUGAAGCUUAAUGAAUUUGUAAGUUGUGAGUUAUUCUCUUUAAUCUUCUUCCUUGAAUAUUAAUUCUUCCUUUAAAUACUAUCUCUAUAUCAAUGUUGGGGAGUGUUACUAAGAUGACAAUUAGUUAACAUCUUGACAUUAGUUAUAGCAAUAGCUAUUUCUUACUCUAUGUUAAUAUUGGGGAGUGUUACUAAGAUGACAAUUAGUUAACAUCUUGAUAUUAACUAUAGUAGGAUUCAUCUUCUUUAAUAUUCUUCCUUGAUUAUUAAUUAAUUCCUAUUCAUAUUUCAUAUUAAUAUUUUGAACAUUACUUAAAGGAUCAACUAGUUUUGUUCCAUAUAUUAAUUAUUACUAGAAUCAAUCGGUUAAUACGCUUGUUAUUAAUUCGGUUCUUUCAAUGGUAGUAAACUUGGG